CUGCUGCUCCCUCUGACACACACACACACUCUUGCGCACACACACUCUCACUUCCUUUCUCUCUGUCACACACACACACACACACAUUUCUCUCCCUCCCAUUCUCACUGUCUCUCUUUUUUCCCUGCCUCUUUCUGAAUAUCACACACUCACAAACACACAUGCUUAGAAACACACACAAACCAACAACUUCUCUACUACCAGCAGCACAGACUGGCAUCUUACUCUUUUGAGUUGAGCAUCUUUAGGUGCACUCACCAAAGCUCAGAUCAAAAGACACCUGCGUCAAUAUUCUUUCCAAGACAUUAACUGUGGGACUAGAAAGAAGGAGUUCCACGAAGACCUCCAUCCAAAGAGAAGGGCAAGCCAGGAGCAUCAUCAUCAGCGGACAACUUUUCAUGGAUGAGACAUACGAAAGGAGUGGAGGACAGUUAUUAUAUUUGAACAACACCACAAAGAUGUUUCCUGGAGCAACUGGGAGAAGUCACUGCUUGAAGGUGGCCUCCAUGAGGUAAAAUCCAGAAGGUCCUCAAGACUGCGAUUGGGCUUCACCUCACCCUCGGGACUUCUGUCACUCAUCAGCAUGCCUUCAGACUGCACAAGGUGCACCUUGGGAUUGUGACCCACCAUGUGCAGAUGGACGCCAUCCGUAGCUCAUCUCUAUCCUGAACUUGCCUUUGGCUCCAUCCCUGCCGAAGCCUCCGUGUCACGUCUCCCCCUGCCCAAUGCAGCCUCCUUGUGUCUGGCAUGCCUCACGCUGCUCAUAGUCACGGCUGGCCCAGUCACGGGGGCCUGCACUCCAGGUUUCGGGCAUGAACCCCUUCAAGUGCUAGCCAGUGGCAUGAACUGCUCAUGGACAUUGGAGAGGCACACUCGCAGCUACAAUCACCUGGAAGGUGAUGUCCGACUGCGGCGGCUUUAUUCUGCAAACAAGUUCUUCCUUUCCAUCGACAAAACAGGCAAAGUGGAUGGGACCAGGAGGAAGAACUACGCAGACAGUCUGAUGGAAAUCCGAUCUGUCAGUGUGGGAGUUGUUGCCAUCAAAUCUGUCAGCACCGGGCUGUACUUAGCCAUGUCCAAGAAAGGCUCACUCUUCGGAUCGGUGAAGUACAAUCCGAGCUGCAAGUUCAAGGAGCGAAUCGAGGAGAAUGGCUACAACACGUACGCCUCCCUUCGCUGGAAGCACGGUGGCAGGCAGAUGUUUGUCUCCCUAAACGGAAGGGGGAAGCCUCGGCGAGGUCACAAGGCACGUCGAAGACACCCAUCAACCCAUUUCCUGCCCAUGCUGCCCUCAUAGCUGCACUGAACUCUGACUGGCGCUGGUGCUGACCCAAACAAGAUGGCGAUCUUUAUUUUUAUUAUUUCAUCCCAUUGUCACAUAAAUGUACAUUUGAUGAGGGUUGUAUUUGUAGAGGUAGUUUAAUGUGCUUUUAAGUUAUUCUAAUUGUGGCGACAGAUUCAGAGCGGUACUAAGACUAGGCUUCUGCAUUCACUGCGAUUGAAAGCCUUUACAAAUUAGGGGAGUUAUGUUCCUUGAAGAAACAAAGACUGCUUUAAAGGGUGAAACGUUUGCAUAGUCGAUUGUUUCUAACUAACGGCAAGACAUGGCUGUACAGUGUGUUGCAAUUUUAUUGGAGUCACAUCUUUAACACAGGCAGUGUUCUGUACUGUCAUGCAAUAUUUAUGACCUAUAUCAUGGCAACUGUGACAGCAUUUUGUAUUUAGAUAUGGUUUUGGUUUUUGAACUAAUCUGGACUGAAUUUAAGACUGUUUGUACUGUAAAAAAAACCUAUCCACAAGACCUCAUACAGCAUUUCAAAUGUUGGUGUAAUACAGUAUAUUUUGGGGCUCAGUAAGUAUUUAUUCCAGAGGCCCUUCUCUCCCAUCUAGUGCCUCAACGGUUCAUAUUAAGCCUCCUCUCUGUUUCAAUGUUCAUCAUCUCAGCCCAAAACCUUGCUCUAGUUACGGCUAUACUAAGUCAUGGUGGUUUUCUGCCUCUCCUUGACACUGCUAAACAGAAAGCUACUGUCCCACACUCCGAACUGGACCCUCCCAAAGUCCUGUGGCAAAUUAAGCAAUUAGAUUGACUUUCUGAAAAUACCUCCCAUUAAUUUAAGAAGAAAUAAAUUCCUUUAUUAAGGGCACAUUUCGAGCAAAGAAACAAUAAAAGCAAUGGUGGCUUGUCAAGAGGGUGGCGUCACAAAUGUAACUUUUAAUUUUCCAGCGCACAGGCUAAGCUUUCACGCCACUCGUAAAAGUGAAAUCUGACCAUCAGAGUGAGAACGACAAUGUCUCAUGGAAUUACUGAACAUUUGAAGGAACUAGAGUGGCAUACAAAUUGCUCCUGGACUGGAGGAUCUCUGUUGUCAUCCAGUCCAGUGUUAUACAAGAAAACUGCCCCUCUCCAAACUUCAGAAGCUGCCACUGUGUCCGAAAUUCUUCUUUUCAUUUCCACGCUUGAAUGCGAUGUUCACCGACAGAUGUUUCACCGGUUAAAGCUGCUGUUGAAAAAAGAAGAGCAAAAAAAAAACAUGACUGUUGCUGGUAAUAAAGAUCAGAUCUGUGCAUUUGAUAUGACAGAUGAGUUCAAGUGGGUUUUCACUGCAAUAAGAUGCUGGAUUCUUUUAAUGUCAUCUGUACAUGCAUCACCUGUACAUGCAUGCGUUGCUCAGAUAUCUUCUCUAUUAAAACAUUUUGUUUAGAACCACAUAAUAAGUAAAGCCACAUUUCUGGAACUUUUGUGGGAUGAAAGCUGUAUUGACAUAUUAAAUACAUGUUAGAAUCCAUUGAUUGAUAUCUGGUUUGAAAUAGCAACAAUGCAGCACUGUAGUCGAACGUUGACGUGUCACUUCAC